AUGUUGAGAGCAGUAGGUUCUCCAAGAGGCUCCAGGAUAACUCCAGUAGUAGAAAGAAUAACAACUUUGUCACCUGUUGCUUUGACAAAUAACCUUACCGAAGACGACUUGCAGCGUUAUUACCUCAUUCCUGACACAGUAUCUACAACUACCGCACCAGGAGUUCCUAGUGGUGAAACAACUCAUGCUAGAAAAGAAGUAACUCCAGCUACCAGUCCCACCUCCAGCACGCAGGCUUACAUAGGACUGAUAACGGGAGCUUUAGCGAUGGUUAUUUUGUUGCUGGCCUGUACCGUGUUUUUGAUGAUCAGAAGAGGUAGAAAGAAGGUUGCCCUUCUUCACAAGCACACAGCUUUAGUAUCGAGCAGCACCAAGCCUACCACUAUCAACAUGAAAGACUUGAAGAACAACAUGUCCACUCCGAUUAUUAACAACGGACUUUCGCGCUCCCGCCUGUCGGUUAAAAGUAAAGACAACACCAUAGGAUCAGUUGCUUCUAAAAAGGCUAAAAAGUGCAAUUUGUAUGGAAACGUCGCAGGAGAGGAAUCAGAUAGUGAAAAUUCAUCAGUUUAUCAUGAGCCGUACAAACUACUGCCAAAUCCCAAGCAGGAGUACGAUUUCACGAGUGUCAACAGUUUUCCGGAGGAAAUGAAAUAUUCGACGCAACCGCCUCCGGCAGCUGCAUUCUACAACAUGACGCCGCCGCCGCCGCCCGCCUCUCGCCCGCCACCCACUUACGACGUUCAGAACGGCACGCUGCCCCAGAACGGUGCCAUCAUAUCGGAGAACUACUACGCCGCUACGGAUAUCAUCAAGGUGGGUGUCAAUUACUUUUUUCAGAAAAUGCACAUACCGUGUACGUAUCGAUUUUGUUGUAGAUGGUCGAAUACCACUGAACGGUGUCGUGGUGCUAGGAAACACUGUCUUAAGACGUCUUCAAGUGAAAAACAACACAUAUCAUACACAUAG